GACACUUCCAUAUCUCCCGCUGAUGCCGAGGAGGCUGCCCUCGCAAGGUCGUGGUUAAACCUUCCAGAUACCAAACACAUGUUCAAAGUUGCCAUCCCCAUUGUUGAUGGCCCUGGUAUGCUGACACUGAUCAUUCCCCAACCUGUUGCAUAUGGUAUUCCUCCCGUCAGCUGUGGGAUGCGCACCUGCCCUGCAUUUGAUCUUCUCAAUAAGAAGGUCAUAAUGUUCAAGGACUCUUGGCGGGUAUCGUUACCGGACGUGCUCCUGGAAGGCGAGACAUACAAAUUAUUACAGUCACAUAAAGUUCGCAAUAUCGCAAGAUGUAUUGCAUGUCAUGAUGUACCCCCCUCUAUCCCUCAGCAACUCACUCAAACUGUUAAGUUUUCAAGCACUGCAUGGGCGCAUCCCAACACGGCUACCACUCCACACAUUCUUCAUCGCCUGGCUCUCAAUAUUGUGGGUCAAAAGUUGAGCAAAUUUGAGAGCUCUCGUCAACUUACCCAGUCCAUUUGUGACACGCUGAUUGCUCACAAGGACGUGUAUGAACUUGCAAAGGUGUUGCAUCAGGACCUCAGUGUCGGAAACAUUGUCAUCCACAAGGGCAUUGGCAUCCUCAUCGAUUGGGACCUGGCAAAGCUAAUUACCAUUUAA